AUGAAUCCUUACCAAAAUUUAUCGUUUAGUCAAUCGGACUUUUCCUACAAUGCUAACGGAUCAGGCUGUGUGCAGAAUAUGUCCAAUGUUGUGUAUCAUGUGCCCCCCAGUGUGGCUAAAACUUGUGACUUUAACUGUGUAUGUUGUUUGCGACUAAAAGUUGGCCAGGAUCCUCCAUGCAGUAUUUCCAAAGUAUCAGUUGGAACCCAGACAAUGCUAGAAACACCUCAAGGUCUUGAUCCCAGUGGAUUUUGGACAAGGGGAACCUAUGAACACACAGUUCUACAGAAGUCGGUCAACAGUGUUGUGACCAAGUAUAGUCUGACUGGAAAGAAGGACUCUAACUGGGAAGCAGCAACAACUGAAGUGAUGACUUCCUUUUCUUGUGACAUGCCUCAAACUCCAACAAUAAGACAGAAAAUCCAAGCCAGAAUGAAGAAAUCCAUAUACUGGAUGCGGUUCUACACCAAAAAGGAGAAGGAAGCUCAAAAGAGUGGCAUUUCAGUGAGGAGUUUUUUGAGCAGGAAAAGGAAGAUCAACAAAAGUAAAGAUGGAGAACCAGCAGGGCUGUUGGAGGAGGAACAUGAGACUGGCGCAGACAACCGUGAUGAUGCGGAAGCCGUACCCCCGCACCAUGAGGACACCGACAGUGACAGCUCGGACAGUGACUAG